CAUACGUGGUAUAAUAAUUAUUGUCGAUAACAUUAAGAAGAUAUUACAGAUAUGUUGAUGUGUUUUCUUUAUCGACAUUCUUACUUUCGAUAAAUUGCAAACAUAACCUAAUAGUUUUGAGAGGCAAGAGAAACAGCUUCAGGAGGAUUAAAUAACGAAUCUAAUCAUGUCAGAAAAUAAAAAGGAUGAUGCAUCCUUGGGCGAAUUAUUUGACAAUGCAUUUUUAUUAUUCAAUAAUAUUAAUAAAACGGAUGAGCCAACGAAUAGCCCGAAAGUACAGUCUGACAUCAGGAAAGCAAUGAAUAUGUUUGAAGAUUUAACAAGAUUCGUAUCUCUAGUGGACAUGUUCAGUGAAAAUGAAACUAUCGAUGAAGUAUCAACGGAACAUCUCAAAUAUCUUCUAUUGCCGGCUCUUCUUGGUACUCUCAUUACUAAAAUAUGUGGUACUGAUGACAGAAUGCAUCUCGUCAAAGUAGCAGAGAUCUAUUUCAUUGAUUUUCUAAAGAGAGUAAAAGCUUAUGAGCUCACAGAUAUAAAUAUUCUUGAACCUAAAUCAGAGGAAGAUAAUAAUGGUACUUCUAAUGACAGAGUAAAAAGUAAUGCUGAGAUGAUUACGGAAAUGGUUUCUCGUCGAAAUACAAAAUUACAAAGAUAUAAAGAACAGAAGGAAUUGGAAACAUGUUUAGAUGUAUUGCAAAAAAAUAUGGAUAAUCCAAAUAUCGAUGAAGAUACUAAAAGAGAAUACUUCAUUACCCUUUUGAAAUUAUACAUAAAUCAAACAAUUGAGGAAUUGAGUUCGAUAGCUGCUGAGAAACCUAUUUUGGAGCAUAUGCAAAAAGUGGGACGUUCAGAGACAAUGACAUCUCAUUCUUCGCAAAAAUUUAAAUCAUCUAGUAAUAAACUCCAACCAAUUAUUAUUACUCGAAAUGAGUUGCAAAAAAAAGUUUAUGGCGCUGGAUAUCCUAGUCUUCCAGUAUUAACAGUACAGGAAUUUUAUGACCAAAGAGUUAAAGAUGGAGACUGGCCUGAUGCAUCAGCACGUAAUCAAAUAAAUUCUACAUGUUUGCAAGAUUUAGCAAUUCGUGAUAGUGAUGAUAAUUCACAAGAAUUAGAAGAUAUACAAAAGGAAGAAAAGAUCGAAAAAGAUGAUCCACAAUUUUUAGAACAAAAUCGUGCAAUGGAUGAAUAUAAGGAUAUGCAUCGUAGAGGAUGGGGAAAUCGUGCAAACAGAAGUUAAAUCCACAAUGAUGUAUCGAUAUCAAUCACGAAUAAAUGAAUAGUAGAACCAAA